AUGAGCCCUGGCCUUAAUGAAGAGCCGGACAGCAAGAAAGUACGCACUGAUGAAAAUACCAUUCAACCAGUGAAUGAUACACAGUCGACGUUGGAGGCCUCAAGUCAGAGGAUCGGAGAGCUGCUGUCAAAGCUUCCAGAUGAAGUUUUAGGUGAGAUCUUGUACUGGUGCUGUCCGACGUUCAGCGAUCGCUUCUCUGCACCGCCAAUGUCUGCUCUUGUCCUAAGCCACGUCUGCAAGCGCUGGCGCAAAAUUGCGUUCUCCACCCCAAAGCUCUGGACAUACACCAGCCUCGGUGCACCUCGUCAUCAUUGCGAGUCUACGACAGAGUUGAUGCUGCUCUGGGUCAACAACUCGAAGAUGUGCCCGCUGGUCAUCGACAUUGAUUUCUGCAAGUUUGCGGCGUACAAGGCUCCCGAUGCGAUUUUGCCGACGGUGAUGGAGUUGACGGAGCUUGCUGCUGAGCUGAAGCCGGCGCCUUCUGAUUCUGAUAAACCUGCUGACAAGCCGCUUACGGUCAUCGCUCAGCCGUCCGUCUCUAUACCGUUUCCGUACCUUGCGGAAGAGUAUCUUUGGUCGAACGAAAUGGACCUUCCGAGGAACUAUGCACGGGGAUCGAUGCGACUGCGUGUAGCAACGAAACCGUGUAUCUUGCUAGGUAUGGACGGACAUAAAGAAUUUGGUCCAUAUCUUGUUCAUCUGGACCUUUGUGAUGAAGAAGGCGUGAUCUGCUUGACUACCGAGGAAGCAAUGGACAUUCUAAAGGUAUUCCAGAAUCUGCGUCAUCUCACAUUCAGACUUGGUUAUGCGGGAGUUGUCACUGAGGACUAUACUUUGCCACACUUGAAGACGCUGGGAAUUACCUGGGUGGACGAAGCAGACCCCACGCCAGUCUUGAACUCCUUGUCGGCACCGCAGUUGCAAAACUUGGAGUUGGACGGGCAGAUACCUGACGUUGAUAUAGAAGCAGGAUUCAUCUGGGAUCCUUUACGUCAGUUCAUCGUCAGGUCAACUCCACCUCUGCGCGUUCUAGACUUGUACAAAAUCCGAUGUGAUGACAUUGAUCUCUUAAGCUGUCUCGGUCACUGCACAAUACUUGAACGUCUUUGGCUCGAGGACUGCUCCAUCGGUGAACGGCUCGUGUCCCAUUUCGUCGAUAUGACGCGUCCACAUCCACUCAUUGAACCCGCACGACGUACUUUGGAGAACCUCAAGAGUUUGGGGCUUUCCUGUCUGGGUUGGUCUGGAGAGUUACAGCACUGA